AGAAUCGCGCCGCUUUUGUCUGGAGUCCUGAGAAAAGGAGGGGCCAAUAAACUCAAGUUCUCGGCAAACGCUUCUGUUCGAUACGAUUUUGUAUAUCGAAGAAAGCUUUUUGUCCGUUGAAACGAUUUACUGCAUUAAAACGGCAACACAAUGCAGGGUACAAUAAUAGAAAAUUUAAGCGGCAAAAAACUUUCGGUAUUAGUAAUAUUACUGAUUAUUGUACAAAUCGUCUGUUUUUUCAUAGGCGGUCUUAUAGCACCUACACCUGCUACAAGUCAAAAUAUAUUAAGUACACCUUGUAAGGAUAUACGAAUUAAUGGAACUGAACCAGGCGCAGGAAAAUGGUUUUAUUCAAGAGGCAAGGGUUCUUGUACUCAUGUUGAUAUAGAUCAUUUUAAUUUGGAUAGCCAUCAUCAAGCACAUCAGGUGGUUUAUACAUUUCAGAUGCCUUCUCCACGUAGUAGCUUGCAAUUGGAUUAUUCUAGAUGGCAACAAAAUCUUAUAGGAGUCUUACAGGUGGAUAUUGUAUAUCACAGUCAAAUUCAAAUUGCACCUAGAACUAAAAUAACUCUGGAUUCAAGGCUUGCUUAUAGGAACAAAGAAGAUCCAGAUGGUGCAUGGAAACCAUAUGCAUCUUCUAUAAUAGAAAGGAUCUUGGAUUGUAGCAUCGAUGAUGCAAUGGAACAAUAUAACUAUAAUUGCAAUGUUAUACCUUUGUUUGAAUUAGGAUCAUUGUUUCAUGACUAUUAUUUGUUAAAUAUUCGUAUUCCUGCUGAUACUGAUAGGAAUAUCAAUCAAGGCUUAGGACAUAUAACAGAUCUGUGGCUUACUGCCAUUAAUCAAAAUGGUGGCUUUACAAAAGUAUGGUUAAGCCUUAAAACUGUUUUUUGCCCGAUUUUACUCAGUAUUUUGAUGUGGUAUUGGAGAAGAGUUAACAUGUUAUCAAGAUCACCUGCCCUUUUGGAAUAUAUGCUCUUUGCUUUAGGAAUGACAUUAACAAUUUUAAAUUUGCCUAUGGAAUAUUUAACUCUUGCAUAUGAUAUGCCAUUUAUGCUUCUUUUGGGUGAUAUCAGACAAGGAAUAUUUUAUGCGACGCUUUUAUCUUUUUGGCUUGUCUUUGCAGGGGAACAUCUUAUGAUUCAGGAUAUCGACCAAAGAAGUUCUUUAAAAUGUUAUUGGCGUCAUCUAUCUGCAGUGGGCACAGGAUGCUUGUCAUUGUUCAUCUUUGAUAUGUGUGAACGUGGAGUACAAUUAAGAAAUCCGUUCUAUUCAAUAUGGGUCACAGAUCUUGGUACUAAAGUGGCAUUGUCUUUUAUAAUUUUGGCUGGAAUAUCAGCUGGUGUAUAUUUAAUAUUUCUAUCUUAUAUGAUAUGGAAAGUUUUUAUGAAUAUAAGUGCAAAAAGAGCUACUUUACCCGUUAUGAGUUCGGCACGUCGUUUACAUUACGAAGGUGUAAUAUAUCGUUUUAAAUUCUUGAUGAUUGCUACAUUAUUAUGUGCUUCAUUAACAGUUAUUGGAUUUAUUCUUGGUCAGGUUGCAGAAGGACAAUGGAAAUGGGAUGAGGAAAUAGAAUUACAAAUGACAUCUGCCUUUUUCACUGGAGUUUAUGGCAUGUGGAACAUUUAUACUAUAGCACUAUUAUGUUUGUAUGCACCGUCUCAUAAACAGUGGCCGAUCGAACCAUCUGAGCACAGUAUUAGCGAAGAAAUUGAGUUCUCGCGGCUUCCUACCGAUCCCAAUGAGAUGUUGUCGCUCACAGCAUUUGCCCGAAAAACAGCUGUGGAAUAAACAUUUUAAGUACUCUUAUUUGUUACAAGUAGAACAGAUCUGUAGAUUUUUCAGUAUUCACAGGAUAAUAACGGACACGACUGAUAAUAUUUUAACCAUAAAUUUUAUAUACCAAAACUAUUUAUUGUUCCAAAUAUUUGGGAUUUGUAGACUACUUUCACGAAGUUUAAGUUACAAUAUCGCGUAUAUAAUAAUGGUGUGAUAUAUAAUUAGUAUAGAUUCAAUUGCUCAAUGGAUUAUUUAAAAACGUCGAAAAGCACAAAUUUUUUCUUCCAGUAAGUUAAUAGAAACAGGGUGAAAAUGAAGUUGUAUAACUUAUAUACAGAUCUUUAUAGUACUUAUACAAUUUUCAUAAAAAGUUUUUAUUAUUGUAAUUAAUAUGAUUGAGAGAAAAUCUUCAGAUCAUAUAUCUUAUUAUAUAACAAAAACGAACAGUAUACGAGAUCGUUUUAAUUUAUAUACGAGUUAUUUCAGUAUUCAUAUCAAUUUCUUUAAGUAUUAGAUUGACUAAUUAGAGAUCAGUAUGUAUUUUCUCAUUUAUUCAUAAUCUUGCAUUACGUAUGCAAUUAUAGAAUUAUAAAUAGUAUUAACAUUUUUAAAUUUGCAAUGACUUUUUUGUAAGCAAUAUAGACAUAGGCCGUGUAUUUACUUCAUAUUGUAUUCUAUCAAUUUCAUUUAUUAAGAGAAUCUGUUUCGUCUUAUUAUAGUACAUAUCAUUACCAGACAAUUAUCUAUAUUUAAUCUUUACAAACGUAUAUUUAAUCAUACAAUUAUAUAUCAUAUACAAAAUUAGAAUUGAGAUUAUAAUCACGAAAUAUAAUAGCAGCUUUUUCGUAAUACAUAGUAUGUCACAUUUCAUUAGCAUAAUUUGCACAUUUCAUAACGUAGUUUGCACGUUGGAUCGAGUACUUAAGGGAAAAGAUAUCAGUAUGAAAUUUCGUGCCAAGUCAAUUCAAUCUAAUAAUUAAAUUCUUCAUCACACAUCUUGUCAUUAUAUAAUAUUCAUUAGUCGAUUGUAAGUAUACCAAGUAGUUCGCAUAUAAAAAGUAGGAAUUAUUUAAUUUUACGAGGAGAAACAUUAUUGCAGGUCAAGUAUUCAGGAUAUUAUUCAAAGUGCAAUAUUGCUUCUUAUGUUUAAAAUAAGUUGCUUAAUAUUAACUAGAAUAUUAUAUAGAAUACUUGUAGACAAGAUAGAAAUAUAAAAAAAAAAAAA